AUGUCUCGCAUGUGGGAGGUUGACCCAGAGACGAGGACAAAGCUCCUCCAGAUCUCUAAGACAAAUGGCAACGACAGGUGCUGCGACUGCGGCGCUCCCUCGCCUCAAUGGGCCUCCCCAAAAUUUGGCACAUUCAUCUGCCUCAAUUGUGCCGGUACUCACCGCGGCCUGGGCGUGCACAUCUCCUUCGUCCGCUCAAUCACCAUGGAUGCCUUUAAGAACGCCGAAAUCCAGCGCAUGGAACUGGGGGGCAACGAGCCCUGGAAGACCUUUUACGACGCGCAUCCCGUCCCAACCUCCGAGGGCCGCACCUUCGAAGACUCAACCAUCAAGGAGCGCUACGAGGGUGACGCCGGCGAAGAAUGGAAGGAGCGGCUAUCAUGCAAGGUCGAAGGUCGCGAAUACGUCCUGGGCCAGGAGAAGAAGAACAAUAAUAACAGCAGCAAUGCGAGCCGGUCUAACACGAGCACGCCUUUGAGUCUUGGUGGUGCGCGUGCUGGAUCACCCUCUGCGUCGUCCAUCCGGUCCGAUGAACGACGGGGUGCACCUGGAAAGAAAGAACAGAACGAGGCUUACUUUGCGAAGCUUGGUUCUGAUAAUGCGAGCCGCGCGGAUCAUCUGCCUCCGUCCCAGGGUGGCAAGUUUACGGGCUUUGGCGGUGGUGGCCCUGUGCCGUCGGCUAGCGAGAAGCGGUCUUCUACGUUUGGAGGGUUUGGGGGAUGGGGUGGUGGUGGUGGUGGCGGCGGUGGUCAGUUCGAGGAUCUUCAGAAAGAUCCCAUGGGAACUCUCAGUAAGGGCUUUGGGUGGUUUGCUUCUACUGUUGGGAAGAGCGCUAAGCAGGUCAAUGAUUCUUAUCUCCAGCCUACGGCUAAACAGUUGGCUGAAUCCGACUUUGCGGCUCAGGCGCGUAUUCAUGCCUCGACCUUUGGCCAGAACCUGCAGACUGGAGUCCGCGGUGCGGCUGAUCAGUUCAACAAGUUCGUCGAGGGCGACGAUGGACGAGGUGAAUACCAACGCACACGCAUGGAGCCUGACCGUCGCGAUUUCUGGGAUGAUUUCUCGACCCUAGGCUCAGAGGAGCCGGCUGGCCACCGUCGCAGUGGAUCACAGCGGUCUCAACGGUCUCAAAGGUCUGAUGUUGUUGGCACUGCUGCUAUGCGAAAGGGUCCCACUGCUUCGUCGCUGGCCAACUCCACGCCUGUCUCGGCUGGUGCCGAACAUGGAAACGGUACUACGGCUGCAUCGACCGGCAAGGGGAAGGAGGAGUGGGAUGAUAACUGGUAG